CUGACUAAGUAACGUGUAGCCAAUGAUGCCGUGUUUUCUUUAAACCGGAAGAAAACAAGCGCACGAGGUUACACAAGAGUUGCACAUGCUGUGGGUGAAUUGACUUACGGUCGGCCAAGACAAGUGUUCUCGACAUGCCUGUAAAGUGUUCAUCUUGUAAAAAAGCAGCGAUUUUGAAAAGACCCAAAACAGGAGAUGCGCUGUGCAAGGAGUGUUUCUUCUCAGCCUUUGAGGAGGAAGUCCACCACACCAUCACGUCUGCUGGGCUGUUCACUCCAGGGGAGACAAUCGCUGUGGGAGCAUCUGGUGGAAAGGACUCCACUGUACUGGCUUAUGUCCUUAAACUACUCAACCAGCGAUACAACUACAACGUUCAGCUGAUCCUGCUGUCUGUAGAUGAGGGGAUCACAGGGUACAGAGAUGACUCACUGGAGACGGUGAAGAGGAACCAGCAGCAGUAUGACCUGCCACUGAAGAUCGUCUCAUACGAGGAACUCUAUGGAUGGACGAUGGAUGCAAUUGUCAAGCAGAUUGGCCUCAAGAACAACUGUACAUUUUGCGGAGUGUUUCGACGCCAGGCUUUGGACAGAGGUGCCAUGAUACUCAAGGUGGACAAGAUUGUGACAGGCCACAAUGCUGAUGACAUAGCAGAGACAGUGAUUAUGAAUGUUUUACGUGGAGACAUUGCAAGGUUGCGCAGAUGUACAGCUAUUACAACUGGCAUGGAUGGAGCUUUGCCCAGGUGUAAGCCAUUUAAAUACACCUAUGAGAAGGAGAUUGUCAUGUACGCCUACUUUAAGAAACUGGACUACUUCUCUACAGAGUGUAUCUAUUCCCCCAAUGCCUACAGGGGAUUUGCUCGUGCAUUCAUUAAGGACCUUGAGAAGAUCCGUCCCAGUGCUAUCAUAGACAUCAUCCAUUCAGGGGAGAGUCUAUCUGUGAAGAAGGAGGUUAGAAUGCCAGUGCAAGGUCUGUGUUCUCGCUGUGGCUGCAUGUCCAGCAACCCAGUGUGUAAAGCCUGUGUGCUUCUGGAAGGACUCAACAGAGGACUGCCACGGCAGGUCUGUGUUCUCGCUGUGGCUACAUGUCCAGCAACCCAGUGUGUAAAGCCUGCGUGCUUCUGGAGGGACUCAACAGAGGACUGCCACGACUCGGUAUUGGCAAGGAGCACAAAGAAAGGAGGAAGCUGGCAGACAAGCUGGCUCGAGAAGAAUCUGAGAGUACUUCAAGUUCUGCUGCAGUGCUUGGUGAGAUGGACGACGUCACAGCACAGAAGUCAUGUGGAGGUUCCUGCAGUCGGCAGCCUGUGGACAGCACCACCACAGACUUGAAGGUGUCCGGUGUUGCUGGUUGUGAAGAGGAAGUGAAGAAGUUGCAGCUGGACAGGAGGAAGCCAACUGUUGAUGAUAUAGAUUUCUAACCUCAUGAAAAAACUGUAACAAUUAAAUAUCUGUGAGCCACUUUGACAAAGUAA